AUGGGUCCCCACGGAGGCAUUGCGCUCCGCGCGGUCGCGCUCGCCGCCGUCCUCGGCUUCGCCGCCGCCGGGUUCAUCUCGAAUGACGCGCUGCUGGAGCGCGGGCGCGACACCACCGGCCGGAGCCUGCUGCAGCAGAAGAAAGAUUGCCCAGUGAGCUUCCAGGACGCCAACUACACGGUGAUCACGAGCCGGUGCAAGGGCCCGCUGUACCAGCCGACGCUGUGCUGCGGCGCGCUCAAGGACUUCGCGUGCCCCUACUCCACCUACAUCAACGACGUCAGCACCAACUGCGCCGCCACCAUGUUCAGCUACAUCAACCUCUACGGCAAGUACCCGCCGGGCCUGUUCGCCAACACCUGCCACGAGGGCGACAAGGGCCUCGCCUGCCCCGAGGACACCCCGCAGAUCGAGCCCGGGCAGAAGGCCUCCGGCGCGGCCGCCGUCGCCGCGCCGGCCGCGGCCCUGGCGGCCGCUGCGGCCGUCUCGUUGCUCGUGUCCUGCUGA